CAAUUCGGGCCAUUGCGAUAUAACUAGUUCUCCUGUGAUCCACAUCUCUUCUUCCCAUAUCGACGCGUUCGUUGUCUGUUACCGACUGCCCAAGUACCGGUGCAGUAGAAGAGUGUCUGUGGACUAUGGAAUCAUAGCCUCUGUAUCCCCGUCGCAGUCGCUACCUCUACCAUGUCGGUUAUCCUUUGCACAGCUGGUUACGACCACACCAUCAGGUUCUGGGAGGCGCUCUCAGGAAUCUGCUCGCGCACCAUCCAACACCCCGAGUCUCAAGUGAACCGUCUUUGCAUAUCCCCUGACAAGCGAUACCUCGCCGCUGCCGGCCACCGCGAUGUCAAACUCUUUGACAUUCGUUCCACAAACCCGCAGGCCCUCAUGACCUUCCAGGGCCACACCGGCAAUGUGACCGGCGUGGCCUUCCACUGCGAGGGCAAGUGGAUGGUAACAAGCUCGGAGGACGGAACGGUCAAGAUUUGGGAAACCCGCACCGGAACCAUCCAGCGAAGCUACAACCACGGCUCUCCGGCAAACGACGUUGUCAUCCACCCUAAUCAGGGAGAGAUCAUCAGCUGCGACCGCGCCGGAAGCAUCCGACUGUGGGAUCUGGCCGAGAACACUUGCUCGCACCAGCUAAUCCCCGAGGAGGAUGUUUCAGUGACAAGUGUCACGGUUGCCAGUGACGGUACACUUCUUUGUGCGGCCAACACUGCUGGCAAUGUAUUCGUUUGGCAACUCAUCCAGGCCUAUGACCGCACCCAGCUGAUUCCCCUCACCCACUUUUCCGCACACAAGGAAAGCAUCACACGCAUCCUACUCUCGCCCGAUGUCAAGAAGCUCGCAACGUGUAGCGCCGACCAUACGGCCAGAAUCUGGGAAGUCAGGGAAAUGGAACCUGCCACGGCCGAUUCGGAACCGCAGGCGUUCCCUCUCGAGGCCACUCUCAAGGAGCACCAGCGUUGGGUAUGGGACUGUGCCUUCAGCGCUGAUAGUGCCUACCUGGUAACUGCCUGCAGCGAUCAUUAUGCGCGGCUAUGGGAGUUACACACGCAGCUUGUUAUCAGACAGUACAACGGCCAUCACCGCGGUAUUGUAUGCGUCGCUCUCAACGAUUAUUCCGAAGCUCGCUAG